CUCCAUCUUCUUCAAGUUCCCGAGUCUCCUUCAUGUGUAGCGCCCAUGUGAUUGGGAUUGUAGCAGCAUGUCAAGCAACUUUCAACAAGUAGCUCAAACACGGCAUGACUGGAUCGAUCGGGCGUAGCACAUGCAGAAUGACUAGCGCAGUCGCAUCGCAUCCGCAUGGGCGGCUACAUGAGAGAAAAGGAGACGACCACCACAACUGACUCUCUCUCUCGCUCUCUCCCAGCACCACAAGGAUGACUACGACUAGAUAUACUGCUUCAGAAUGGCGCGCCAUCAUCUCCGACGUUGCGCGCGAGCUCGAAGUGUAUGAGCAAGACUAUUGUACUGAUGUUGACAAUUUCGACAUUGCACGCACCAUCGACCAUACCCUGUUGAAACUGGAUGCGACACCCAAGCAGAUGGACGAAUUAUGCGCCGAAGCCAGAGUCGCUAACUUUGCUAGUGUUUGCGUCCGACCCAACUUUGUCGCCCAAGCCCAUGCCAACCUCAAAGGCAGCAAAGUCUUGAUCGCCAGCGUCAUCGGCUUCCACCAAGGCACUCAAGACACAUAUUACAAAUUGCAAGAGACCCGCAUGGCCCUGGCUGCCGGCGCCGACGAACUCGACGUAGUCAUAAACUGGCCCCAAUUGAAGCAACAAGAAUACAGCGAAAUCUACCACGAACUCGCCCUCCUCCGAUCUAUGGCUCCACAACCGACCACGCUCAAACUCAUCUUCGAAACUUCGCAACUCACUUCUAGAGACAUCGUUGCUGCUUGCACUGUUGCUUCGGCUGCCAACUUUGACUUUGUCAAGACUUCGACGGGCUUUUUGGGACAUGGCGCAAAGGUCGAGCAUGUCAGGCUCAUGCGCGCUGCUUGCGACUACUUGGCCGACAGACGUACGGAUGGUCAUAGGAUGAAAGUAAAAGCCAGUGGAGGUGUCAGGACAGUCGAAGAUGCAACCAUCAUGCUGAAGGCUGGUGCCGCCAGGUUAGGUACAAGUGGUGGUGUGUGGAUCAUCAAAGAGAGCAAGGAGCAAGGGGUCAGGAAGUCGAGUCCUGUGCAAAGUGAGAGACGGGACUCAAGACCGAGUCUAUCCACCAGACUGUUUACGGACUAUUGAGUCUUGAUUGGCCUUGGAACCGUCCGACAUUGGCUACUGUGUAGCUGACGGUGGUCAGAUCAUUGGUGAUAUACGGCACUGGCAGUGAUAAGUUACUCUCGAUACGAAAUUACGAC